AUGAACCCUGUACCGCAAGAACAUGAUCUUUCCAACUCACAAGCGUUGAAUGGCAACACUACACACAACACACCAGGAACGGCUUCCCACUCAUCCACAUCUUCCAACGCGGUAAUCAGUAAUACCGCUUGUACCACUAUUCCAGUCGUUGGUCCCACCUUUCAACAACAGCCUCAACAGCACUAUUCGGGCAACGUUCCUCAUCCUCAUCACUUUAUUCUUCAUCAUCAUCGUCCAAACAACGGAACAGAAGAAGCAUACCAAACUCUGGUACUGAUGCAAGACCCAAAUACUUCUGGUUAUCACAACCCUACCACGACCUAUGUACAUCAAGCUUAUCCUUACCAUAAUUAUGUUCCAACUACCUGUCAUCCAUUCACUACCACCAUGUACGACCCUACUUCCAAUCACCACAUCGUUCGGUACGAGGCAUAUCAAACUCCUUCUUAUCACUACUCAACUGUUUCUCCCGUUCUUUCCCAAAACGCUUAUCAUUCCUUACCCUCUCAUCCGCAACAUGUAACAUUAGCACAUCAAACUCCAUCAGUUUACUCUGUGCCUUCCCAAGCUACGUCAUUACCACAAGCAGCUGUUUUGGGUAGCUCAGUGAGCACCAUUCAUCAGCACCACCUUUCCUCCACACCAAACCAAUUAACCGUUGUUUCUCCCCUUAGUAGCUCUCAGACAAAAACCUCUCCAACUAACUCCAACAUGAUGGUUCAAAAUAACAACACGUCAUCGAUGAGCAACAGUCCUGAAUGUUCGAGUCCUCUCGAGGUUGCUACAUCUCCGAGUAGCGGUAGAGACAUGCUUUCAGACCAUGAAACUUUGUCUCCAAUUUCACCGUUUUCAUCUACAAAAGAACCGAGUCUUUUGGAACGAAUUCAUUCAUCAUCCCCUGCGAGAAAAAGAUCGAAUUCGCACAGCUCUGUAAACGGGAAAGGUACCAACAUCAGUAAGGUUAAGAAAAAACGAUCAUGCGCUAGAUGGACGGAGGAAGAAAACAAAAAGUUGUUCGAGGCAUACAUCAAGUAUGACGGAAAAAAUUGGAGCAGUAUUGCAAAAGCUGUUGGAAAUAAGACAAGUGAUCAAUGCAACCAACAUUGGUGGAGAGUAUUAAACCCGGAAAUUUGUAAACAGCCAUGGUCUGCAGACGAAGAUCAACGGUUGCUUGAUAGAGUGCAAGAAGUAGGUGAAAGUUCUUGGAAAAAGGUUUCCCAAGGUCUUAAAGGUCGGACAGAUCUGCAAUGUAGACACAGGUACAACCAACUGAAAAAGAAUAAGAAGUCUGCGUCAGAGAGUACUCGUGAAGAAUCUGUUCUUAAUUCCGCUUCAAACCAAACCUUAAUAGAUGAUGAACAAAGAAGCAUCACAGCAGAAACAGUAGUGCAACAGGGAACAGGCUAUCCCGAGUUUUAUUUUCAAACAGCUCCUACAUCAGUUCAGUAUCAACAUGCUCCAAUAGAAUAUCGAGAAACUGUGGUGGCUGAAGGCGAAGUACCUCCUCAAUUAUUAGUCCACCAAUAUCAACCCCAACCUAUACAACACCUUCAACCCAUUACCCAACAUGUUCAACCAAUUCAAACAAUUCAAACCAUUCAACCAAUUCAACCUCUUCCUGUUCAAUCACUCCACGCAAUUCCUGUCCAGACAGUACAACCAAUACAUGCUGUUCACGCAGUACAACCUAUUGUGCCUCCAACACAUACCAAUAUCUACCAUCACUAUAUUCCAGUGUACCAACAACCUGUGAAUCCUCCUCCUCCAACAUUUUACCAAGAGGUUUCUGCCACACCUGAAGUUCAACAAGAAGACGAAUUUUUUGAGCCACUUCCAGGUCAGUCGAGUUUAGAUGAAAGUACUACAGAGCUCGAUGUUGUAUUCACCCCAGAUUCAAGACCGGAAAAGGAUGCCAAAGAUUAUGUAGCAGAGAUUUUUGACCAUGAGCAACGAGACAAUGCGUUUGAUUGA